UUGCAAUUUGGCAAUAUUUUGCCAUUUUCCAAUCAAGCACUCCGGUUAUAAAUUUAUUUGCGAAUUAAGAAUGUGGUAGUUCCGAAACUAAUGGCAGUUUUAAUUUGAAAACAAACAAAAAACGAACAUUGCUUUUUGCUUUCAUUUCUAAUAUUCAUUACAACAACAUCAUAUAAAUGUAGCAGGGUUUUUUUUUUAUUUUUUAAAAAUUAAGCGAUUAUAUUUUUUUUGAAGGAAAGUAUGGGGGAUGAUUGCGAACUUCUAUUUUUUGAUACUUUUUCGCACGAUACAUGUGAAGAGCUAAAUCUUGAUUUAGUUCAAUUUCCUAGACCUGUAUAUAUAUUCGAAAUUCGUAUUAUUCCACUUGGUGCAAGAGUUCAAGCUGAUUUUCCUGGAGGUCACAGACUAGGUGCUACAAACCCAUCAUCAUUCCAACUUGAAUUUUUUGUCAAUGAUUUAAGCAAAAGAAGUGCAUCAACUUUUGAACGUUUAGGAAGCUUGGACUAUAAACAAAAUGUUGAUAUCCAAUUUCCAGUUACAAAUAAAGUUCCUACAGAUGGCCUGGUAUUGAGAGGUUGGUAUAGUGCUGUCACCUUGGCAGUUUAUGGAGUUAUUACCAAAGUAAGCAAUAAGGAACGGUCAUCCCCCCCUCCACCACCACCUCCUCAAGCAAAUGCAAGACCACAAGGCCAAGAGCAUUCUUCUACUGCUAAGGAAUUUGAAUCUCCUGUUGGAGAUCCAGCCAUAUCUGAGUGGGAUAGAAAUUCUAGAAUUGCAGAUGUUCCUCCUGAACCUCCUCCUCCUCCUGUUAGGGCAUCAGUGGUGGAAGCUUCACGGUUUGUUGAAGUUCCACCUUUGAUUCAUCCACAGCCAGAGCAGCAUGUCCAGUACACAUCUGAAAUUCCUAAUGUUAUUAGUGGAUUCUCUGAACCUCCACCAUCAAUGGUAUAUCAAGAAUGCGUUCCUGUCCCAGUUCCUCAGGUAACCCCUACUUCAGCACCUUAUACACAAUAUGAUACACAUUAUGCUAAACCAUGGGUCCCAUCUGAAGAACAAUAUCAAGGACCAAAUGAGUCAUACGAUCACCAAUUAUAUAACAGGCAACCUGAUGGAAACAUUUACCAAGCUCCUCCUGACACCACUCGAUCUCUAUGGGAUCCCAAAGAUCAUCUUGGAACAUCUGAAGUUCAAACACAUGAAAGAGAAAACUAUGUUAGAGCUCCUUUGCUGGAAAUUCCUACAAUUCAUAGAGAUAAAGACAUUGUCUCUAAAGACAGGAAUCGAGAUAGGCCUUGGGAUAGAGACCUACAUGAUUAUAAAGACGAUGAUGUGCGAAGUAGAGACAGUGAUUCAAAACGCAAAGAUCGUGGCCGAAGGUCUCGGGAGACCAGCUGGGAAAGAAGUUCAGUUGAUUCAGACAGAUAUAGGGACAGAGAGAGGGAUCGUAUGAGAGAUUCUGGUACUAGGGAUCGUGAUCGAGAUAGAAAUCGUGAUCGGGGCUCAUUUAUUGACAGAACUACUCGUAAAGAUUCGAGAGAAUCUAAGAGACCUACAACCCCCCCAUCUCCACGGAAAGUUAGACCCCGUACUCCUCAAACACCUCCUGAUGAGAGAAUUGGUUCUGGCCCUCGUACUCCUAAAGAUGAACCAUUAGAGAUAUUUGAUGACAGAGGUGGUGAUGACAAUUUACACCACACUAACUUUUUUGAGCCUGUGCAUAGAGAACGAAGUAUUAGCGAACAUUUUCAUAAUUUAUCUGAGGGAGAAAUACAGGAUGGCGAGAAUACAGAAGAUGAUGGAUAUGAAGAAAUUGUGAGUGAAGAAGAAGACAUGUCAGAUGUUGAAGAUAGAACUAUAGAUAUUGGUGAAAUAGAUUAUGAUUUAGGUGAUGAAACUUGGAAUUUUAUGUCAAGUUUUUCACCAUAUAAUUGUGAAUUUGUUACACUUCAGAAUUUUACAGAUCCUACUUUGUUUCCAUUUGAAAUAACAAAAUGUAAAAAUAAAAAAGAAGAAAAAAUAUAUGAAGAGAUGCAAAUAGAAUCUGACAAACUUCUUGAAAUAUUACAAUAUCCAGAGAAUCAAGAGCACGAUGAAAGAUGGGUUGAAGUUCUUGAAAGCAUAAAUGAGAAUACUUUGAUGUCUCUUUUAACUCUGGAAGACCCUGAAAAAUUUAAAGCAAAGAUAAAUUGCCUCAUUGACUGGGUUAUUGAAGGCCUGGAUUUUGAUCUUGCUCUGAAGCAACCUCAAACUGUGUAUAAAGUUCGUCAUAUGAAAGCUGGCAUUCGUCUUGCAACUUUGUUAUUCGAGACAAAUGAAGAAAUAAUUGGAAAAUUGCUAGAGAAAGAUGUACCCAAGUUGCUGAUUCAGUUGUUUGAACAACCUCAUAUGGUACUGCCUGUGAAGCUGCUCAUUAUUCAUGGCAUUGAUUCAAUUAUUGCUACUCAAGCUGGUAUAAAUUAUAUAGUUCAAAAGACUUUGCAGUUCAGCCCAAAAUGUUUUGAUGAUAAAGGUGUAGAUGUAGAGGAGCAUAAUAAUACCGGAAGGAUUAUGAAAACUUGCUAUCAAAAACUCUUGGAAUUUCUUGUUUCCAAACAGUUAACUCGAGUUGUUUGUGCACUUUCUUCACUUUUGAGCAAGAUCCAUCUCUAUGAAGUUUUAUUGGAACUGUCUGAUUCUGUUGAGAAACUUGUUCAGAGUACUCAAGUUCCUGAUAUAAAGAGUGCACCUUCAGAUUCCUCAGAUACUGUAGAAGCAAGAGCAACAUCUCUUGAGCCAGAAUUAGAAACAGUUGAACCGAUUUCCAAUUCUAGUGAAACUGCAGUCCAAGUUAUAAUUUCUUCAUUACAAGAAAUAACUUGCAUGUACCAUAAUGCUUGGAAAAAUUUGGCCCAGAUGAAAAGAUUUUUACCUGCUAGAAGUCAGUUUGAAUUUCCCAAAUCUCCUUACAAUCCAUACCAAGGAUUACUUAGAAUGUUUAAGCAAAACAAAUUAUUGGAAAAUAUUUUUGUGCUACUUUCCUCUCCUGCAUUAUCUGGACACCCAGGCAUUCUCUCAGCUGUGAAGGAAUUACUAAGUGAAUUGCUUUCAUCUCAAGAAGGAAUGCUUUUUCUACUGUCUCUAACAGAUGUUAUAAAUGGAAUUCAAAGAACUUUAUUGCAUACAGUUGAUGAAACCAGAGAAGAAAAUGCUGAUGAAAAUGUGGCUCAGAAUUUGGGCAUGCAAAUUGUGUAUCAUUUACAGGCAUUGCUAUAUGUUGAUUGUUUGAUGGCUUACCAUGCUAAAGGUGGCAUUAAAAAAGAGUUAGACGACCCUGAUAUUGUUUCUGCAUUGCAUCACAUGUAUACAAUGAUAUUCUCUUCUAUUGGUCGCCAAGCUGUUAUCAAUGUUUUGACAUCAGCAGAAAAUUUCAGUUCCUUGUUGCCAUUUGUUCAAAUGUCAGGUACUGAGGAUUUUGAUGUGAAACAAAGUAAAUCUGUAUGUGCUGGAUAUGCUACAGAGUUGAUUAUGCUAGUUGUAAAUUACUCAGAAAAUGUUCCAAUGCUUGAGAAGUUUUCAGAUGCACUUUAUAACUUAAGUCAGCAAGAAAUUACGCCGAAGUUGCAUGACCUUGGAUUUUGGAUGGCCCCUACUCGCUCUCUUUCUGCUUAUAAUUAUGAAGCCAUUUUGCCAUUAAUAACACUUCUGAAAAAUCACACUGAAGAUGCCAGUUCUUUACCACCAGAACUUAUAACAACCCUUAGAAUUCUUCAAUACUUAACAUUACCACAAGAAGAUACUUCAGAAAAGGAUGAAAAAGAAUUAAAAUAUAUGUAUGCAAUUAUUCAAGUGUUUUCCAACAAUGGUAUGGAUAGCCUUAAAAAUAUUCUUGUGAGUAUCAGCGAUAUUUUUCUGAAGCCAUCACAUCAAUCUCCAUCCUUGAUUGGAUUACAAGGUGUCUUGGUUGUAUCCAUUGUUAAACCAUCUGUUUUUAUUUUAAAAGCAAUUUUAGCUAAUCUUAUCUCUAGUCGAGGAACGGAGUUUAAGGAUCUCACUGCUGUUCCAAUUCUGCUGAAUGUCUACUCCCUUAUGCUUCUGAUUCCUCCUUCUUCUUAUUCAUAUCAAUUAGCACAAGCAGUUCAAGCUGAAAUAAUUGAAGCUCUUUUAACUUUCACUCAACCAUUUUUGGGAUCAGCAGAAUCUGAAGAAGCUUUAAACAAAAGUUUGUGGACCGAAAUGGUACAAGAAAUAUUAAAAUUCACGAAAUUAUCUCCAAGUAAUUUUGUAACUGGUCUGACAGUUUUUUCUGAAUUAUUACCUUUGCCAUUACCAUUGCAAACAAGAGAACCUCUUACAGAAGAUGAAGUAGUUAAAAUGAUAAAUUAUCGAAAACUUUGGAGCGCUCAUUUGCAUUCUUUAAGUGGAACUAUUCAAGAAGUAAUUGUAAGUUUAGCAGCAACUAGUUGCCAUCCCUUGCAACAACUUCUUCGCCGUGUGUGUGUACAGUUAGCAGAUCUUGCAGCACCCACUGCAUUAUUUAUUGUCAGGGCUGUUUUGGAUGCUCUGUUGGAUACAUUAAUCUUGCCUCCUCCAGAUCAGAAAGAAAACUUGGAUCCUAUUAUAGUUAGUACUAGUGAUAGAACUCCAUUGCUUAAAACACCCACUUCAACAACUGCAAGAAUCCUGACUUUGGUUGCUUAUCUUGUUUCUCAUGCAUCUUUCAAAGUACCAUUGAUGCAUGUGUUGAAAGGAAGUGUCAAGGCAGAUGAAAAAUAUAUAGAUGUUCUUCCUUUAAUGCUGGAGUUAUUUAACACACCUUCUGAAAAAUCAUAUGUUAUCCAAUCUCAUGAAUGCAUAGUGUCAAUCUUACAAUCGCUUUGUGAUCCAGACAUAAGUUUUAUCACUUUUGAUAGUGGAGCACUUGUUAAUGAUGUGCUGUCUAGUAGUUUACCUUGCAAGGAGCAUAUGGUUGUCAUUUGUGGAGCUCUUAUUCAACAUAUUGGUUGCCAUAAGCACAGUUAUUCAUCUGUGCUUCCUUCAUUGAGAUCAUUAGUCAUGCUGACAGAGCAUGAUUAUGGAUACUUUCAUGUGAAACAAGGUUUAGUUCAACAUCCUGGUGCAAUCUAUUCAUUAUUUACUCGAUUUAGUUCUUCAUUCAGUAAAGACUCUAGUGACUGUUUAUCAACUUUAUCUACAACAUUAGAAUUUUUGAGGCUCAUGGUAAAUGGCUAUGAAGAUGGAGCACAAACAGGGCGCACAUUGCUUCUGUCUACUACUGAGCUUGCAGAUCUUUUAAGAGAAGAUCCUUCUGCAAAAGAUAAGGAUGAGAAGACUUCAGAACCUUUUCAGCCUGUGGUAGAAUUAGAAAAACUACUAACAGAAUUUGGUAAUGAUGAAGAAGCAGUUGAGAGUCUUCUAGAGAGUAUAUCUAGUUUACUUACAUUGUUAAAUAGUGCAUCUGACAAAGAAACUAAGAAUGAUAAAGAAAUGGUAGAACCUGUUUUACCACAACCAGAAAGCCAAUCAGCUCAAUUUGCAUCCCGUGCAGUCUAUAUUGUCGGAGAUGUAGAAGAAGGCCGACUGAGCCCAGCUUACUGGCUAGCUCUUCCAGGGGCUGAUGAUGCGGAUCAAGAACAAGAACAGGUGGCUGUUGAUUUAGUCGCUUUGGCUGAAAAAACUAUUGCUGGUGAAUUCAGUUUGAGAUCUUCUCUUGAAAGUUUAUGCUUAAGCACUGAAACUGAUGGUGAUAUUAAAUCAAAGAAAAAAGGAAUUAGUACGAUUGGAGCCAAAAGAAAAUAUUCUCCUUUAAUUAAUCCAUCCCUUAUUGAUGUGAAUAAUAAGCGACCAUUUAUUGCUCCAAUGCGAGGUCGUGGCUUUUCUAGAGCUACAUCCCAUUCAUCAAGAGCAAAUGAUCCUUUUAGAUCUCGUCCACCCAAUACUAGCCGACCUCCUUCAAUGCAUGUUGAUGAUUUUGUCGCUCUUGAAAGCCACCACUCUGGUAACAACUCCCAAGUCCAGACAAAACGCCCUCAAAAGGAAGGUUCACGGGGUCGAGGCAGAGGCUUUGAACGCAAUCAAGCAUUCACUUCCACUCGAGGAACUGGGGGCAGAUUCUUCAGUCCACCUGGACCUUAUGGUAGAAGAGAAUCAAACAGAGGUGGAAAUAGAGGAGCUGGUCGCAUUUCCAACAAUACCUGGAACAAUCGCUCUAAUCAAAAUUCUGGUCAAAAGUUAUCCCCUGGAGCUGGCCAAAGAAAUAGUUUUGGUAGUCACAGAAAUGAUUACAAUGCAUCAUUCAAUCAACAAGAUAUGCGUACAACUGGACAAAGCCGUCGCGAUCCUUAUUCUGACAUGAACAGAAAUUCCAAUGUAGCUUCUCUGAAUAGAUUUUCAAGAGGUUUACGAACUGGAGGAAUGAAUCAACAAUCACAAGGCCAUUGGCAGGAUAAUCGAAACAAAUCACAGAACCAACGAUUUAUCACUCCUGGAACUCCAAGCAGAGGAGGCGGACGCAGGGAUAUGAAUGCAAGGCACAAUCGCAAUUUCACUCGGUAAAAUCAAGCACCAUCAUUGAUUGUUACAAAUUCGUUUACUUGCAAGAACAAGUUUAAAACCAUCUAACAAAGAAUGUAAGAUAUUUUAUUUUAAUCAAAAAUGAAAUAAAUAACUGCACUUUA